AUGGCCAACCCCACUUGGGUCGUGCCAGCCGUCAGACUGAGAUUUUGGGGGGGGGCAGAAAAGAGGGCAUCGACAUUACUAACAUGCACCAUCGACGACCUUCUCUCACUCGGGAUUCAAGGAUUCCGCAAACCAGCCUGCUCAGUCACCUAUCUGGCCGACGAGCGCGGCGCCGAUACCCGAAAUUCUUCGGCCACCCAGUGGCAUGGCCCUGCAGCUUACCAUCAGAAAUUAGAAUGCCAUGUUCGCAGCCAGUGGGAGUACGAGUCAUUGCCUCUUGCACGCCCAUCAAACUCGAACAGGACAGAGUACUCUGUACACAUGCAAGUAAGAGAGGAUACCAACUGCAGCGACUGUGCUCAACAAGCGUCAUGGCCAAAGUCUCAGUGCAAUCUGACGAUGGCAUCGGGAAAUUGGGGAUCAGCGAAAUGCAAAAGUUCGAAUCUGCGUCCCCACUCGCAUAGCAAUUUUACCCCUCGGUUCCACAACCACCACUCGCUGCUGAGUCCUGCCGCCCGCGGUGCCAACAUGACGAUACAUGAUGUCAGCAACACCAGAAUGCGCACAAAAAGAACCCUCUCGUCUCACGCAUACGAUGCCUCUAAAAGGAAAAUCCACGUACCACACACGCGGCUACGGCUGCUUUGUCAGCCCAGGCUCUCACCGCUAUCUGACUCUGCGAUCAUCGAGAAUGGGUUGGAAGACAGGUUCCGCAUGCCAUCGCCUUCCCGAGCGAUCAUGAGCACGAUUGAGGGCGGGGCUCGUGGUCACGAUGGGAAGCAAGGGAAGAAACAGCCGUGGCAGCCGCACAGUCCGUGCUCCCCCAGAGGGACCAGGGGGUGGCCAAGAAACCACACACAGCCUGGGAAUCCCCAAAGCAGCAAUCCAUCGACAGAGCAAAGACCAAAGGCCCGAUGA